AUGACGACUCCGACCACCACAGCCGCGCCACCGAGCCUGAUGAUCACAAGCACCAGGGCGGCAUCGUCAACAACCCGAUGUGCAUCGUCGAAUAUAGACUUUUCUGUCAGCCUUGCAGAGCCUCCAUAUAAGACAGUGACGGAGCAUGAAUCGGAAACAACGGCACCAGCGGGCACGGCGCCAGCAAGGACGGACUCUGGCGACUCGGUACCGGUAGCAGCAAUUGUCGGCGCAACACUGGGAGGUGUCAUACUCUGUGCUCUCUUGAUGACCGUCUUCUUGUGCAUACGGAAAAGACAGGCCAAAAAGGUUUACAAAGCACCUGCGUAUCCUUCACCUCUGGUUGGUAGCGACAUGACACGUCAACUUUCGAGUAAAUCAUCCUCGCAGUUCCAGCAGAAGGUGGCUGCACUAUACCGAGCGGAUUCAAUCGAGCGAUAUGAGCCUCCGCAGUUGGAUAGCCUGCAAAUGACGCGCAAAGACCAAGGCCAAGACCUCAACCUCGACGACCACCUCGACCAUCACGACGUGCACAAAUUGCAGCCGUUUCCGCUGCGUCCAUAA